GUAACUACUUAUACGAGGCUUCUCCCUCAUUAUUUCUUAAUAGAAAAUAAUAAUUCUUCAUGGUAUCAGAGCCUCUCGUUGCUCUCCGUCUCUCGUCCGACCUAGCGCAGGCAAAACCCUAGCCACGACAUCACCGUCUCUCUCGGCCGAACAGCAGCCGCCGCCGUCUCUCCCUCUCCCCCAUCGGCAGUGCCCAGCGGCUGUCUCUCUCCGGCGAUCUCCCUUCCCACGGCGAGCAACCACCCCUCGGUCAUCAUGUCUGAGAAGCCUUCCGUCACCGAUUCAACAUCAUCUUCUCCAACUCCGCACUUGGCGUUCACGACGAUCUCGAACGUGAAGCUCCAUGUGCCGAUUCUCCUAAGCUUCUCCGAGCCCAACUACAAAAAGUGGAGCCGGCUCUUCCUCCUCCUCAUUCGAAGGUUCUCUCUGGGUGAUUUUCUCAUUGGCAAGUCGUCUCCUUCCAGCGCCGACGACUCGGAAUGGUUCCAGCUUGACGCCCUCAUACAAGGUUGGUUCCUCUCCACGGUUAAUGAUGAAAUUUGCGAUCUUGUUCUCUCUACAACCAACUCCGCAUCCGAGCUUUGGAAAGCCAUCUAUAACAUCUUCCACUACAAGCCGGCCCAGGUGAUGCAACUUGAACACCAAUCCCGGACCACCACAAAGGGUUCUCUCUCCAUUGUCGCUUAUUGUCAAACCCUACAGAAUCUUGCGGAUUGGUUGGAUGAUGUAGAUGCCCCCGUCUCUGAACAACAACUUGUUCUUCAAGUCUUGCGUGGUCUCUCGGAUGAUCUUCGAGGACAAACGUCGUUCCUUCAAUACCAAACGCCGCCCCCGACCUUUCUCCAAACCCGCUCGGCCCUCCUCUUAAUUGAACAACAACGGGUUGAACUGGGUGUCGGUAGCAACACGGGGGACGGCGGCACGGCGUUAUACGCCGGCAGUGGAGGCCCACGGCGACAGGGCAGCGCUGGUGGCGGGCGGUCAGAAUCCAGCGGCGGGGGAGGCUUCAGGCAGCAGCAGCAGUAUUCCCGGCAUCGUGGCGGUUCAUCUCGGGGUCGUGGUCGCGGCCGCAGCUCCGGAUCAAAUGCACGGAACACCAUCGGGCAGCCCUCCGGACAGAAUGCUCUUUCUAUAGGGUCUACCCAACCCAAUUUUGAGACCAAUGCAGUUUUUGUUUCAUCUUCGUUCUAUAUAUGCACAAAGGAAAUGAAACCAGACCAGCAGCUUUCCUUCGAGCAGCUUGAAUUGCAACUUUCAUCACAUCAAUGUGUUUUGUAUGAGUUAUUCCAUUCUCAAGGAAUUCAAGCCGCUCCUCAACUUGUUUGCCGAGCAUCUCCCCAAAAACUAUAGUACCUUUCCCUACAAGGAAAAACAAGAAAAUUUCCAUGAACAAAGGUGCGAGCGAGCAAAUGAGGUCAAAACAAAUUUUUUAAAAUACACCAAUGGAAUACAUACUAAAAUAUAAAGAGAAAAAUUGCAUGACGACCCACGCAUUAACAGUACUCCGUAUCUCUUUUUGUGGACCCUAGUUUUAAAAGGGGAGAGACACCACUAAAUAUAUUCACAUAAACACAUAAAUACCAAACUACAUACCAGAAAAACACUGCAUGAAACACUAAAACAUUCAAAACAUAAAUUAUUUUGAAGUUC